UUAAUAUUUUUUAGUUGUAUAUUCAACGAACUUAAUCUUUUUAAAAUGUUCAAUAACGCACACCUGCCUUACUUACGUGACGUAUAAUUUUCAACUAACUGUUUUCAUGUUUUUCCUCAGCUGUCCUUCUUGAAACCUGUGAUUUACUUGUGGAAUGUUUAUUUCCCAAAUUACAGCCAACAAAAACCUCAUCGUUGCGCUGGUAUAUUGUGUGGCACCAUGUUCGUAUUGUCGUUAGUAACAGUGACUAAGGGCGGAGAAAUGAUUAUAGCAAUAUUGGACGACAUAGGAUCCGCCAUGGGAAUACUCAUGAUUACAACUUUCGAAGCUAUAUUGGUAUUUGGAAUUUAUGGUGUAAGCGAAUUUUGCGUCGAUCUAGCGUUCAUGUCGAAAAAACCUCCUUCUAUCAUACUGAAGUUACUGUUCAUCGGAAGCUCAAUUUUUACUAUCGUAAGACCAAAUUUAAGGCAAUUUUAAA